CUUCUGUCAGAUCAGAUGAGCGACUGCAACUGGCCGCCCGGAUGUCGGUCCCCCUCUAAGUUCCGCUCCUGCGCGGUGAGACGCAUAUUCAGGACUGUGAGACGUGGCUGCCUCUGGAAAAGUCUCUUCCGAAAGGCAGUACUGUGUGCUGUGCUAUGCAGUGAGCAGUGAGGGGGGCUUGUCUGCGUCGGAAUCCCAGGCAGAGCUGCGCGAUAGGCGAAUCUGGAUGGCAGGGAGACUCCGGCGUCGCCUCCGUUGGACACUCAGGCUGGUGUAUGCUGCGUAGCGCGUCUCUCUACCGCCCCGUGGGGGUUGGUGUGUGGGUGUGCGUGAGCGCCGCCCUGGUGUUGGCGGUGGGUUCUGCGGGCGUCCGGUUCCGCUGCGGCGAGGAUCUGGACCUGGACCUGAUGCUGGGCCUGAGGUUCCGCUCGUUGCUGGAGCCGCUAGAACGCGACGGAACCGACGUCUGGCUCUGGUCGCUACUCGGAUCCUUCGCCGUCGGACUCUCCGGCAUUCUGCCUCUACUCAUCAUACCCCUGGAGGCAGGAGCAGCACUCAGGACGGAAGAGGGUUCUCAGCAGCUGAAGCGCCUGUUGAGUUUUGCGAUCGGCGGUCUCCUUGGCGACGUGUUCCUGCAUCUCCUCCCUGAAGCCUGGAACCUCAGCUGCAGCCCAGAGGGCGAUCAUGAACGCCACUACCGCCUCCAGGGUCUCUGGGUUCUAACUGGCCUUCUCUCCUUCCUGCUGCUGGAGAAGAUCUUCCCUGAUGAAGACACACACACCGCCAGUGGGGGCACUGUGGACGAGGGCAGCGCAGCACACAGCAACGGCUCCUGUCACGACACCAAAGCAACACACACUCACACACACCUGCACACGCCAGACAAGAUCAAGACCUCUGGUUAUUUGAACCUCUUGGCGAACUGCAUUGACAACUUCACUCAUGGACUGGCUGUAGCCGGAAGCUUCCUCAUCAGUAGAAAGGUUGGGUUUCUCACCACCUUCGCCAUCCUCCUCCAUGAGAUCCCACACGAGGUGGGUGACUUCGCCAUCCUUCUGCGCGCCGGGUUCGACAGGUGGAGCGCGGCUCGUCUGCAGUUCUACACGGCACUGGGCGGAGUCUUGGGGGCCUGCUUCGCUCUCACCGCCCAAUCACAACGCGGAGCAGAGAGCGCCACUGCCUGGAUUCUGCCCUUCACGUCGGGUGGCUUCCUCUACAUUGCCCUGGUCAACGUGGUGCCAGACCUGCUGCAGGAGACCAACCCCAGACACUCUCUGUUGCAGAUGCUGUUGCUGUGUUGCGGCAUCGCUGUCAUGGCCGCCCUCUCCGCCAUCGUAGACUGAAGCACACACACACACACACACACACACACACUACACACACACACACACACACACACCAUGAAGUACGCAAAACACACACUCCACAGCUGUUGGAGCCUGAGACAGGCUGGACUGUUACUACAACAGCUACACACACACACACACACACACACACACACACACACACACUCACUAGACUACUCGCAAAGGCCAAAUCUUAAGAGCAAGACAAUCAAUGACUUUUAUACACACUCACACACACACACACACACACACACACACACACACACACACACACACACACACACACACAGUUGCUGCUUUUUCUGUAUGUUUCAAUCACGCAAGGCUUACCACUUAUACAUUAUGUACACACACACACACACACACACACACACACACACACACACACACACGUACACACACACACACACAUUUUUGUAAACAUCCAAAUUCUGUUUUGUUCCCUAAUGCGUUGCGCAUGUGUCUUGUGUGUGCUGUGUAUGUUUUUGUUUAUUUAUUGACGUUGUGAUUUGUUUUGUUAUGUUUUUUAAGUGUAAAAACGGUAUAAUGCCUAAUACACCAUCAGCCUUAGAACAAUA